UUACCAGUGUUUGUUUCUGUAUAUUUGCAAUCACUGCAGCUACUUUGUACUGUAUAGGGGAGAUAAGCAAGAUAAUAGAGCCCCCUAUAAGGGCACUGGAUCCUAACACAUUGUAUAGCAGGAACAUUGUUAUAGCAAUCUGUAAAAAAACAAUAUAUAAGGAUAAUAGAGCCCCCUAUAAGGGCACUGGAUCCCUGGACUGCCUAAAAUGGAAAACUCUCGAAAUGAGAAGAAAUGACAAAAAUCUAGUUAUUAUGUAUAAAAUAUGUAGAGGCUUAUCACCUGAUUACAUAAUUGAACUUUUUGACAAAUACAAAAAUGAACAAGUCAGAGAUCUCAGAUCUCACCAACCCUUCAAAAUUCCAGUCAAGGCGAGUGCCCGGCUAAGGAAAUCCCCUGUGUUGAGACUAAUAAACCAAUGGAACAAACUAAGUGAAGAGGAGAGGGUAAUACCCAGAAUUUCAAUAUUUAAAACCACGGUAAGGAAGAAAAAAAAAUAUUUUCAAAAUUUUAACACCACAUCCAAACUCAACCUAUCUCGUAAACAGGAAAUCAUUUUAAACCGAAUAAGAUGUGGUCUUUACUUCAAAUCUCAAAAAUUUGCGCAUAAUUUUACUGGCAUUUCUGAUAACCUUUGUAUAUGUGGUGAGAGUGAAACGCCUAAGCAUUUCAUCUUUAACUGUCAGCGCCUUUCUACAAGACGACAUGAGUUUAUUGAGUCCCUUGAGCAGCAUAACCUUGAGAACCUGUUACCCCGGAGACAAGAGGAUAGAAUUAAGGCAUUAUUGUUUGAAAACAACCUGUCAUUAGAAAAAGAUUGUAUUUUAAAGAAAAAAUUCAUCAAUUUUAUAAUGCAUCAAGAAAUUUAAAGUGCUUCUGUCUUGGGUAGAAUGUGGCAAACUCCAGGAUAAAUUAUGCAAUUAAGCACACACAUCUAUGUUUUAUUUUAUGAUAUUUUACUAAAGAUGAAAUUAAUAAAUGCUAGCCAGUAAUGCCAUUGGCGCUUGGCAGCAUAUUUUUGUAUUAUGGUAUAUGAAUUUGUUGAAUAAAGACAACUAAAACAAA